AUGCACAUGGACAAUAACUAUGCGUGUACUGAGACUGGCUGUAAGAGAAAGUUCAGAACGCUACGAGCUCGGGAUAAACAUAUACGAGAUGUUCAUCAUAAGAACCAGAAGGAAAGCGGUAGUCCGAAACUGGGACCGUCCUGGAAGAGUGACACUCCCAAGAGCAGCAAACAUUCCAAAAAGAGCAGCAAAAAGAACGUAAGAGCGCCUUAUUCAUGCAAUAUCUGCAAAAAAGGUUUUAAUAAGAAAGAAGAGUUGAAACAUCAUCUCAGUGCCGAUCAUGGACAAGAUAUGCUCUGCUGCGAAACAUGCGGUUUCACAUGUAAAGAUCAAAACUCAUUGAACGAACACACAAUACAAAAGCAUAUGCAUGAGCACAAAUAUAUGUGUGAUGAGGAAGGCUGCGGCAAGAAAUUCAAACUCAAGAAGGAUCUGACGAAACACAAAAGGCAGAAUCACUCGAAUAAGCCGUACACGUGCAAAAAAUGUAGUCAUGUUAGUUCUAGUUUCUCAGAGUACCGUGCACACAAUUCCAUGCACUUAAAAAGAAAAGUAGCCUGUCAAAUCUGUGGGAAGAAGAUAUUCAAUAACCAAUUAUCUGUACAUUUAAAGACACAUAGUGAGAAGACAUUUGCUUGUUCUACCUGCGGUAAGAAGUUUCAUAGGGGAACACACUUGCAACGGCACAUGUUAACUCAUUCGCAUCAAAGACCCUAUGCCUGCAACAUUUGCAGCGCGGCGUUUGUGGAGCGACAGGCUUUAGACACUCACAGGAGGGACGAACAUCCCGAUGCAUCUCCAAUCGAAUAGAACGAAUCGAUAUCAUACAUAUAUUGUUGCAAAAUUUCUAGAAAAAUCAAGAACAUUCAGGUUGCCAAUCAGGAGUAGAGAAGAUAUAAUAUGUACGCGACGAAACAGUUUGUAUUUAAGUUUACAUACGCACACACAACACAUACGCGCUUCAACACACACAUACUUAAACACA